CUGAGUUUAACUCCGUGUCAGAUUAGAGAAUUGAGUUUUGGAGAAAAGACAACGCAUACAUAUAGUUAGUAGAACUUCAGGUUUUGGCGACACAUCUCGGGUUGGCAUACAUCCCCUGUAUGCACAAAGUUUAGGAGUUGCUUUUGAACGUGAGUUGCGACUGUGGGUGACAUCCAGUCACCACGGACGGCGCUUUAUAAACAGACCCAUUGGAUGCCAGACGCUCAGCCUUGAGAACUGUAGAGAUUCCUGUUGACGGGUACCACUCGUGCUCAGCAUCCCAAACGGAGUUUUCUUGGCAACUUCCAGCUAGUGAACGAUAAUUCUCACAAGCAACGGGUUGAAUUGGUGAAAUAAAUAGCAGAAACUAUGCCCAGCAAAAGCGAAGAUAAUCGGCCAAGACUCUGCCUGCUGGAGAAAGGGGACAAUGGUUAUGGGUUCCAUCUCCACGGUGAGAAGGGUAAGACCGGGCAGUUCAUACGGCUUGUGGAGCCCGACAGUCCGUCUGAAAUUUCUGGGAUUCGCGCGGGGGACCGACUAGUGUUCGUGAACGGGGAGAACGUGGAGAGCGAGAGCCAUCAACAGGUUGUGUCCCGGAUAAGAGCCACGGUGGGCCAGCUCGAGCUCAUUGUUGUCGACCAGGACACUGAGCAACUGUUGAAAAAACACAAGAUGAAGUGUCUCAAAGAAUAUGUCACGGAGCGCAUUCCUUUACCCAGCGACGACGAGUCAGAAAGCGAAGACGUUAAGGAGAACGGGACACCAUGCGGGACACCGAGAGAAUCCACACCCAUCCCGGAAAAUAACGGAGAGCUCCAUGGCCACGUAGAGCUCCAUAGCCAUGUUGAGAAAAAGCUGAGCAUCAACUCUGAGAAGGACGUGCAGAGUGAUCUGAGGCCGCGUCUGUGUGUGAUCAAGAAGGGGCCUCAUGGCUACGGCUUCAACCUGCACAGUGAGAAGGCCAGACCAGGCCAGUACAUCAGAGCAGUGGAUGAGGACUCACCUGCACAGAGGUCAGGCCUGCUGGCCAAGGACAGGAUAGUACAGGUGAAUGGUAUGACAGUGGAGGGGAAGCAGCACUCGGAGGUGGUGGCAGCCAUCAAGUCUGGUGGUGAGGAGACCUCUCUACUGGUUGUGGACACAGACACAGAUGCCUUCUUCAGGAGGUGCAGAGUCGCUCCCACCCCAGAACACAUCACAGGAGCUUUGCCUGAGCCUGUCGUCAACGGAGACAUGGAAAAGACGGUGAAUGGAAAUGGAAAACUGGCCAAAGAGGUGGAGCAGGACUCUAAGCUGUCAAUCAGCCCGUCUCCAAGCAACACCUCUUCCAACGCCUCACUCACAACCCCGCCCACAGAGUUGUCUGAGCCAGUGAUCAUGGGCGCCAUCCCGGGUCUGAACCUGUCCCUGCAGCAGGUCAAGGAGCGUGCUCACCAGAAACGCUCCAACAAGAGGGCCCCGCCCAUGGACUGGAGCAAGAAAAAUGAACUGUUCAGCAACCUGUAGAGCACCUCACCCUGCACACACCCACAUCCAGUAGAAACUCACACACCCACAUCCAGUAGAUACUCACACACCCACAUCCAGUAGAUACUCACACACCCACAUCCAGUAGAUACUCACACACCCACAUCCAGUAGAUACUCACAGAGGUCAGUGAAGGAGAGGGACGGAGAGAGAGAGGGGUUGUUCUAAGCCCCAUGUUUUCUAUGACUCAUUAAAACCAGCAGUUUAACUAUUGGUGAGGGAGAAUACAGGUAUAUGUAUGUAAAAUAUAUACACAGAUAUUUGUAUUAUAUUCCAGAUGCUAUAAAUGAUGUGCUAACAAUAUCUAGAUGAAUAUGCCAAUGUUGGAAAGGAAAAAUCUAGAUCAGAUAAGAAUCUUUGUAUUGUGAUUUGAAAAUCAAUUUUUAAGUAUUCCAUUUCGCGUGUCGAGGUGUGUGUGUGUGUUUUGUACCUGGGUGUGUAUGCCCAGAAGACCCUGGAAGUCCCUGCUGGUCAUAGCCUGGUGCCUGUCAGUAUAGUGGAGUAGGUCUCUCUUAUGGCCAUUCCUCUACACGUUAAUCAGUCAUUGAACCACAUUAAACAAUAUUUUUCUCGCCUUAAACGAGAAUGGGACCAGCCACUUACAUACCUGUCUAGUCUAUCACCUUUCAGGGACCAAAUAGCAAGCCUCUUCACACUUCCAGUCAGAUGCAAAUGUCUUUCAUGUAGCUGAGCUUUGGGUCAGUCGAGCUUCAGGAGAAAUUUGCUUCUGACUGGAAGUGUGCAGAGACUUUUUCAUGUUUGUCCAGUUUUUGCCUUCAGCACCUUCACUAAUCAACUCUGUGUGUGUGGUAGAUUCUGCAAACCUUUUAGGGACCAAAACCCUGAUGAACGACAACCACUGACAGUCAUUCAGUCAUUGGGGAACGAUAUGUUGGUGCAGUGUCCAUCCAUACCAGUCUUACUUCAAUAAAUGUGAAGGCUGAAAACCUUACGUCCAUAGCGUUGCCAUUACCACUGUAUAUUGCGCUACUUUUCAUUUCAGUUUUUUUUAUUGCCAUUGUCAAAAUGCUUUGAGGUUUUUACGUUUACGUAGAUAUACUUAAACAUAAUUUCUUUCUUUAAUAAGAAUAUAAAUUUCUACGCUUCACUAGAUUUUAUGUGUAUGUUCAGUAUUGAGAAUGACAGUGAGAUUCGCUAUUUUGACCUUUGAAUUGUAUGGGGGUGUCAUGCUCUUAAACUGUUCAUGUUAUUUCUAUACUGUAUUAAAUUGUACAUCUCA